AUGGACAUGAUCCCGCUCAGCUUCAUCCUGUCCUUCUUCGUGACGGCCGUCGUCGCUCGGUGGACGCACAUGUUGAAUAAUAUUGGCCUUAUUGACAACUUGGCCCUUACAGCCGCCUUCCACAUCCACGGAACCACAGAACGAGCACGCAUGUUGCGAAGGAACAUUGUCCGUUAUGCCGUCCAGAUGCAACUUCUCGUCUUCCGCGACGUCAGCACACAGGUGCGCAAACGAUUUCCGACGAUCGAGUCGACAGUCACGGCUAACUUCUUCUCCGCCGACGAAAUGGAGACGUAUCUCAACUACGACAACACGUACACCAUGGCCAAGUAUUGGAUGCCGAUCGUCUGGGCACAAAAUGCCAUCCAUAUGGCCAAGAAAGAGGGGCUCAUCCAGUCGGAUAUCCAAUACAAUCAUAUGUGGCAGGUGCUGAUGGAGUGGCGCAGCCAAUUGGCCCAAAUCGUUCACUACGACUGGGUGCCCCUCCCAUUAAUGAAUUUGAAGAUCGGUCUCGCCAUAGCGGAUCGUGGAUGUUCUCACUUGGCCCCUCUAGAAAAAGAUCCCCAUUGGGAUUCGGCCCAGCCCCUCCUCUACAGUCAAUAUUCCCGUCCUGUCAAUGCCCUCUAUGGAUCGGCUGUGGGAAUGGACGACUCCAAAUCGCCGAUGGCACGCCGGAAAUCCACGCAAUUCAACAUGGUACCACUGGAAGGGGUUCUGGAAGAGACACCGGCUUGUCGAAAACCUACAAGAAUCGUCGCCCCGCCCAAAUCCGCGAUGGCUCAGAAGAAGUUCUCGCGCAGUCGGAUUGGAAGUGCUUCCGACUCGCUGUCAACAAUGACCUCGAUACCCGGAACCCCAAAAAACGGACAUCCAACCCCAUUUUUGCCAACCAUUCAGCUGAACUUGAUCGACGAAGCCGACGAAGCCGGGAGGGAUGUGGAACGAGGGCAUCCGGCCAACCAUUUCCUCGCAAACGGGAAGAAGAAACCGGAGGGCGGAAAUGACGAAAAAUUC